CCUGAAGGGACAUCUCAGAAGAAGCUUGAACUUUCCCAUUGUCCAAACCGAUCCAGAGGGAUGGACACUAAAGGUUCAUUUUCCUGCGGGAUGCUGUUGCUGCUGCUCAUUCAGUUCCAGUCCAGCAGAACCAACCCCAUCUACGGCCUCAGCCCUGCCAAAGAACUGGCCAGCAUGGAGGCUCUGUUGGAGAGGCUGGAGGACAAGUUCUCACUGAUGGAGGCCCUGGAGUCCAACCCUGAUCUUCAGGAGCCCGAAGCUCAGCAAGAGACUCCACCAGAACUCUUUGAUGACAGCAGUGACCAGCAGCCCGAACCCAGGCCAGCCCCCAGCGCCCCUCUGUCCUAUAGGGACCCCAUCCUCAAGCGACUGAGGGGGCUGCAAGCUCCCAAGAUGAUGAGAGACUCAGGCUGCUUUGGGAGAAGAAUUGACAGGAUCGGCUCUCUGAGCGGGAUGGGCUGCAAUGGUUUCAGGAAGAAUUAAGGUGACUCUCCAGUGCUCUGAAGAAUGUGUUCCAGUGCCGAUUUCUCCCAGGACGCUUUCCAUGUGCUUUCUAAAUGCUUUCAUGGAGAAGUUAUUCCUAUUUAUUUAUUUUU